GCGGUGGAGAGCAGCCCUGGUGCUGCAGCCAUGGUGUCAAAAGCCUGUGGCUUGAUGACAGGGUGAUAUGACUGGUCGACUUGCUCUUGGAUUGACCAAAAGGCAUACACGGAACGACCACACACUACUCGUUAGAUGCAGGAUAGGAUGCUAGCUAAUGGGCACUGCCGGGACGUUGUCAAGCUGUCUGCGUAGAUGCUAUACUAGGCAGACGAAGAGUAAUGAAAACAAAUCCCUGCGCAUUAGGUCGAUCGGUGAGGCUGAGAUGGUCCCAUGGGGAGGAUCUGUGUACUAGGCCUAGUAGUUACUGUCCAGCGUAUGGAUCCUUCUGCCGUGCCACCUUUUUUUUUUUUUUUUUGAUUGCAUGUUUGACAUUACCCGAGCUCGCUUUUUACCCUGGCAAGCAAAAUGAAAAUCAGGAUUUUCUUUUUAGCGAACGUCCUCUUUACUUCAAACAAUUGUUCUUUCUUUUUGCCGCUAGACCCUGCGUCCUGUGUGUGUGCGGCUGGACUCUAACCCAGCCAAUAGAAGCCCGUACCAAAUGGCCCAACAACAGCCGCCGUCAAGAGCGAAUUGAAGCUGUUCCUGUUUUCUUGUCCCGAAACAUUCCCUUGGCCACCCCCAUGAGGUGAUCGCCGGCCCUUUCCGCUCUCCCAUCUGCCCCAACCCCCGGAGAGGGCGCCAAAGGAAACGAACAGAGCACAAACAACAAUGCACACCGAAAAAGGGCGGCGAGUGAAUGCAUCACCC